AUGCAGUCUCGAAGGUCUGCCAUACACAAAAGUAAUGCGACGCGCCGACGAAAAUCGUCACCGUGCUGUGAACCAUGUCGCGAACGCCAGUCUCGGUGCGACGGGAGGAAACCCAUCUGCGGGCCUUGCACUCAACGGUCGCAUGCGGCUGACCGAUGUCUGUAUAGACGCAACAUUGUCAGGAUAUUGGACACUCAGGAAUACCUUGAAGUCCUUCAUCGCCAUAUUCGCGAACUGGAAGAGGUUUGCCACGAAGCUGGAAUUCCAGUGCCCACGUUUAAUCCAGAUGCUCCAUCCAUGGACUCAGACGAGGAGACACCUCAAAUUGGCUUGGGGAUUCAAUUCGAUACUCCGCCAGCUUUCCCAAAUCAGGGAAAUACUCGCGCCUUUCCACCUCCCAUAAAGCCGGAAACCUUCCCUUCCCUUCUGACAAACCCGCAGGAGGGUGAUUUCAACUUACUGAUAGCCAGUAAUCUCUGUGGCGGUAACGAAGGAUUUUCAAAGCAACCGAAUACGUUUAUGGGAAGCCCACCGAGUGCGUGCCUCAUACGCCUUUUGACCCAAGGCCAUCUGCUGAGAGAUAUCCCCCAUGGUCCUGCUCAUGCUCAUUUAGAUGGUUCUCUUCUGCCGCCACGGGAUUUUGCCGACCAUCUGUUGGGUUGCUUCUGGGAUCGGGUUUACUGCCUUUAUCCUUUCUUUGACCGAUCCAGUGUCCAAGAUGCCUACGAGGGUCUCUGGACAUCCGGCAACACAGAAGGUCAAAAGUCGAGUGAACUCAACAUCGGCCUGGGCGGCAAGUCUGACUCCGGUCGUCAGUCACCAGUCUUUAUCUGUGCACUGAACAUUAUGUUCGCACUCGGGUGUCACUUUGCCGAGAUCUCGGUUCCAGAUCGGAAUGGCAUAGCGCAUACCUUCUUCCUUCGGGCCAAACAGAAUAUUGGCCUGGAUCUGCUCGAGGUCCGCACUAUUGGCGCUGUCCAGACCCUCUUGAUGGCUUCUUUGUAUCUUCAAAGCAUACCUGAUUGCCAUAAGUCUUGGGACUUGGUAGGUAUGGCGUGUAGAAUUUCUCAGGGGCUUGGGCUUCACGAAAAUCGACCAGCCAGCUUCAAGGACCCUCUGGAAUUGGAAAUUCAGCGUCGCACAUGGCAUGGGUGUGUCAUGAUGGAUACGAUCGCGAGCAUGGCUUGUGGGAGGCUUAGUACAACGUCUUCCUUGCCUGCGAUUCCACUGCCAGCAGGCAUCGGCCUCGCGCCUACAGGCACCAACGACCCGUAUUUGACAGCCUUCUACCCCGCUAGUCUAGAGCUGGGUAGCAUUCUAGACACGGUCUUGUCGGCUGUGCACAAAGCACGGUGCGACCGACCGCGCACCCCGGCUAGCUCAACAACUACACAACAGGACGGAGUAGAUGUCGUGGUUAAACUGGAAGAAAAGCUAGCCCAAUACAAAGGCGAUCUUCCCGCGGUCCUGAGAUGGGAUCAUCCUUUUAACCCAGCAACUGACGUAACUCAGUUGUCGACUUUGAGGCGUCAGAGAAAUGUUUUACAUGCCAGAUUCCUUUACGUGCAGAUCCGACUCUACCGUGCCGCCUUUACCCAUCUCUGCUCUGAGAUGCUGGCUCAAGAGGAUUCCGAGACCGACCACCAUGACCCGGUCCUUCGGACGCUCUAUUCAUCGACGUUGUCCAAGCGUGCAGCCGCCUGCGCAAAAGCGGCGAUCGAGUUGGCCUCCCUGGUCCAUGACAACUACCAAACCACCACUACCAACACCUGGUGGUACAAUUGUUUCUACACGUCGGUUGCGGGUAUGGUCCUCGUCAUGUCCUACACCUGCGUGCCCGCCCUGUCCAACAUCGAGAAAACUGCCGUCCACGAAGCUUGGCGUAAGUGCGAACAAAUAUUGCAGUUCAUGAUCCCGUAUCAUUUCUCCUCGAGAAAUACGUUACUCUUUUUCCGGGCCGCCCGUGAUCGGAUUCUCUCGUAUCUCGAAGACACAAAUGAGACGAGCGGUCCCGACAAGGGUCCUGAGUCAAGCCAUGUAGAUGGCGUCGAGAACCCUUUCGCCGACGAUGCAGAGGGCUUGUUCAACGGAGCGAACUGGCUGGGCAGUGCCGUGGCUAUGGUGGGACUGGGAUUCCUGUGCCCGGCGGAUUUUAAAUGGUUUCAGAAUUGGUUGGCAGAGGAGAUGCCGUGA